GGUAAACAGUUAACGCGGUUACCGUAGUAACCGUAGUUCGAUAUUUGUCAGAGAUAAUGCGUAAUUGUCUGGGUACGUCAACAGCUGUUGGAAGUAAUAUGAAGUUGAGUUAUAAGUGUGUGGUGCAUUAAUUGUUAAAAUACAAUGGAAUCACUGUACCAUCAAACAAAUAGACUUGUACAGGAGACGCAGCAAUGUUUUGAAAAGCUGGAGAAAGUCAGUGACACAAAUUCAGAUGUAAUUGAAAGAGAAAUUCAAGCUAGAAUAGACUCUAUCACGAGCAACUGUGAGAAAAUGGACAUGCUGAAUUACAAAGAGCCCUUGAGUAGGCGGACAAAUUGCAAACUACGAAUUGAACAUUUAAAAUAUGACAGGGUACAUUUGCAGGCAGCAUUAGAUACAUUUAAAAAUCGCAAAUACCAGCGUCUGCAGGAGGAAAGGGAACGAGAAGCCCUGUUGAAUCAUCAUUUCCAGCCUAACAACUACCAAGAGACCAGCAUUCUUAUGGAUCAAAGUCAGAUGUUCUACGUGCAGAAACAUCAGAAUUCCCUCCAGAAUGCAAACCAUGGAGUUGAUGAAAUGCUACAGUCUGGCGUAGGGAUUUUGGAAAAUCUGCGAGAUCAGCGAAUGACAAUCAAAGGUGCACACCGACGUCUGUAUGACAUUGCAAAUACACUGGGAUUGUCCAACACAACCAUGCGAUUGAUAGAAAGGGCUGUGCAGUCCUGCUACCUAAGUCAUCCGGCGAUCUCAUGAAGACAGCAAGGACCUAUGAAACGUUGGCAAAGGUAGACGUCUAGCAGACUACACAGUACAACAACUCAGAAGACAGUCGUCUUCAGACUCGUCCCCGUGAGAACCUGAAAUCUCACGAAAAAAGGUAUUCCGAAUGUACAGCCACCACAUGUUCUGGUUACAAAGAACGGGCAAGUGGAUAAACAACUACACAGGUUCCACUACCUAUAUCAGCCUUGAAAACAUCGACUGAUUUCGGAAGAAUGGAGUAGUGGUCGACGAUGUGAUAAUGCAAGAUUCUGUAGGUACUCUCAUAGUAACCUUGGGCAGUAGCCGCUCGUGCGUGUGACGUAGGAAGCCCCAGCUCGGACGUGAGAAUGUAGAGCUCUAGCUAGAAAUUUCGGCCUUCAUGGUUAGUUUUAUAGGCGUGAGUGGCUAGAGUGGUCGAUUCCUGGGGCCUUGGAAUUGCAAAAAUCUACUCUAGGGUAACCCACGGCGCCAUACAUGAGCAAUUAUCACAACCAUUUGCAUGUGCCCUUAUAUGCACGUACGAAUCCAUUGUUUUUUUAAAUUAAAAUAUCGUUACGUGUCUGUCUUGUAAGCAGAUACAGGGAAACGAAAACCUUUUAAAUAUAGAAACAUAUGUGUUUUAAGUAAAAUUUCGAAUUAAAAUAUUUUGCUUCCCACGAAACGUUUACAUAGUUCACAAUUGUAACGAUACUUGUGCUAUGAUGACACUAGUACUUAUAAUAGUAAUAAUUUAAGUAAAUGGAAGUUAAUUUCUGAUUUGUUUAUAGAACCAUUGUAAGGCACAAAUCUGUCCAGUUCAUAUUAACAGUCUCCCUCUUUGUGUCGGCUUGUUUGCGUUGAUACUAACAACCCAAAUUUGGAGAAGAGUUUUUCACAUGGGACGGAUGUGGUUUGAGUACACAAACAGCACGUGAAUAAUACUGCAUAUUGUUGGGAACAUACUGAGAUACUGUAUAGUCAAGGAGAUUCCACACUCAGUGGGCUGCAGUCCCCCCCCCCCUUAGUUUUAUUAGUAAUAGAGGAAACUGUCAUUUGAACAAUGUUCUAUGCUCCAUGAUCAUCUUGUAAUCAUAGUUAAGGUAUUUUUUAUUUGCAUAGAAACUGCAUUCAUUUACAAAGUUUUGUUCCUGAGCCUGCAGUCAGUCGUAUGCAACUCUUAAAAUCGCCUCUGUUUCGAUUGUCUGAAUUACAAGCCUCGCGUGACGUACUCACGGAAUCGACUCUUCCCAUGCGAACAGAGCCUAGCGUUCGUAAUCGACACUUGCGACUCCAGUCUUCCUUCCGGCGCACGCGUUCCAACAGAUUUAGGCUCGUUCGAAUAGACUAUGUGUUAUCCUGCCACUGCUUGUGAUAAAUU